AUGAGCACGCCAAGACGGUCAUGCUCUGGUCCCCCUGCGUCUGCGCACGUCAGCGCGCGACUGUUUGCUGCGGUGGUACUGUUCAUAGCGUUCGGGUGUCUGCUAGCCGGUUACUUAUUAGGACGCAUGGCACGGACAGAUGUUAAACAUACCAACGAGCUUAUAUCUGCGAAUUUGACUACAGCAGCAGAUAGUUUACUUCAAAAAGCUAAGCGCAUUCCACCUAAAGCAGUCCACCACAGUGAUCCGGAAAAAAUCAAAGCAAAGCUGUACAGCAUUUUCCAAUGUAACAGCAACAACUGUGGUCCCAUUAACAAUCAUAAUCUAAGCGAAUAUGUGAAGAAUUCCCUCAACUUUCGAAUAUUCAAUUUAAUUAAAUCUAUACAUAAUGCCUCGCUAUAUUUGGAUACAUUAAGAUGA